AACCCAUUUUUUGCUGGAGGUUUUUUGAUCGGUUAACCAACCCCAUUGAAGCAUUGCUUUAUUAGAUUAAUUUAUUCAUCUAGGAUGGAUUGUUUCUUGGGGAACUCGAACGUGGAUUCGUCGACAUUUAAUCAGGACAUUGUCAAGUGUCCGUUUUUGCAGAACAUUAACGAGCCCACUAACUUCUCCUUCUCCAAAGCAAUGGCUUUCCCCAUGCCCGUAAUAAGGGAGAAAAAGGGUCCUAUUUUUGAGGAUGGUCCAAAUUUCGACAUGGCUUUCAAACUUUUCCAUGGCCAAAACGGUGUUGUCCCACUUUACGGAAGGUCAACGCCACGCACCGAAAAGUCUUCUUCUUCCGAAUCACUAACGGCUCGAUUCAAUCCGUUGGCUGCAAAGGCAGCUACCAUCAGCUUAUCUUCAUUCGGAGGAGCUUUUGGAUUCGAUGCGUUCUCCGAGAAGUGGAAGAAUUCAAAGAAGAAACCGAAUCCCUCGAAAAAGGAAUCUUCUUCAAAGGGAGAUAAUAAUAAUAAUUCAAAACACGAAGCAAUGAGCAACGAGUGGUUCCAAACGGGAAACUGCCCGAUCGCGAAAUCCUACCGAGCCGUAAGCCACGUCAUCCCUCUGGUAGCAAAGGCGCUCCAGCCACCGCCAGGUGUCAAAUACGUCUGCCCGCCAGCCAUAGUAGCUGCCCGAGCUGCCCUAUCGAAAACCGCGUUCGCCAAGAAUCUCCGCCCUCAGCCCCUCCCUGCAAAAGUACUCGUGAUCGGAGUUUUGGGCAUGGCGGCAAAUAUACCGUUGGGAGUUUGGAGAGAGCACACUGAGAAAUUCUCUCCGUCGUGGUUUGUUGCAGUGCACGCGGCUGUACCGUUCAUAGCUAUGCUCCGGAAAUCGGUUCUGAUGCCAAAGUCCGCCAUGGCUUUUACUAUCGGAGCUUCGAUUUUGGGUCAGGUUAUCGGUUCUCGGGCGGAGAGGCAUCGCCUUCUGACGGUUUCUGCCGGAAAAAAAUCGGCGGCGGCGGUUGAUGGUGGUGGUUGUGGUGAGAGUGCAGGUUUCGAAAUUGGGUUGGAAUCGUCUGCGAGUGCCCUCGUCGUAAGCUGAUAUUAUUAUUUUAAAAAAAAAUUAAUUGAAUAAAUGAGGGAUUGAUUUUGUUGUACUUAUAUAUAUGUAUUAUGUAAUUGAUGAUUUAAAAUAGUUCUUGAUUUGUAAUGAGAAUUAAAGAGUGUUUUUUUAUAGUUUAUCUUCAAUCUUUUUUAGGGUUGGAAAACAUGUGUAGAUGAAUUUCAAUUAAAACAAUACUUCAUCAAUGUUUGGUUUGGUUUUUA